AUGGCCGUUGCCACUGCGACGCAGGCGACGCCGGAGGUUCUUAGAUAUAACCAGGCCAUCAGUCUCGGAAGCUGGAAAAAUGCCUUGGCAGCGAUUCCAGUAAUGUUUUCUGCAAAAGUGUCUCCGGACACCGUGUCGUACAAUUCAUGCAUCAGCUCCUGUGGUCGUGCUACCACGUGGGACAGGGCUCUAGACAUCCUGCAAGCUUGCGGCAGAAGCUCGACCAGGUUAAACACAGUCACAUUCAAUGCCACCAUGCAAGCCUGCGUCAACCAGCACAUUUGGGUUUUGGCAAUUGUGAAAUUGGAAGAGCUUCGUCAACGAGACCUCAACUACGAUCCUGUGACAUGCACCACGUCGAUUUGCAACUACGCCGAGGCGGCCCUGUGGGCAAAAGCUUGGCGCAGUCUGUCACAUAUGCCAGAGAACUCUGUGCAGGUUAGUGUGCUCGCAGAAGGUGCAGUUCUGACUGCAUGCGAGAAGGACAAGCAGUGGAGGCAAGCUCUGGGAGUGCAGGAUUGGAGCUUUCAAGCUGGCCUCAAAAUGAACACAGUUGUGGGCAAUAUCAUGAGCUGUGCGCACAGGGCGCACAUGCUUUGGCGGAGAUCCCUAUUUUUUCUUCAUGGUCUCCAGCUGCAGAACUUAGAGCCAGAUGUCAUUGCCUUCAGUAGCUGCACCAGGGCAUGCUCUGAUGCAUUGGCAUGGGAAACGGCUGCCGUCUUCCUGCAAAUUCUGCGCGGAUCUGGCAUCCCUGCUGACACUCUGAUGUGCAAUUCACAGAUCAGCUCGUGUGGUUCUUGGCCGGCUGGAUUCCUGCUUUUGGCUCAAAUGCCACUCUCGAGUGUGCGAUGCAGCAUUGCAUCACACAACUCAUGCGUCGACAUAUCAGCCAAGUCCUCGGCUUGGCCACGUGCUUUCAUGCAAGUCAACGAGCUUCAUGUAAGAGGCUUGCGCGCAGAUUUGAUCACCCUGACCGCAACCAUGGCAGUGACUGCAGCGAUAGAAACGCGGGAGUCUGAGUGGCAGCGGGCAUUGGCGCUGGCUCUGCCCGACAAACAGGAGCGGCCCAUCACUGCCCUUAUCAUUUCUCAGAGGUGGCAUGAUGCUCUCAGCAUGCUGUUGAGUCUCAUCCGCCUUGGAACGAGGCCAGGACGCAGCAUCAUUGCCCAGAAUGCAGCAAUCAGUGCCUGUGAGAGGGAAGGGGCCUGGGAGUUUGCAUCGCACUUGCUCCGAUGGCCGCCUGGACAUAACAUGCUUGGAGAUACCAUUGCGCACAGCGCGUCACUCACCGCUUGUGCACGUGCUAUUCAGUGGGCUCAUGCUGCUGUUCUCACAAGCCAGAUUGCUGCAGAGUGGCUUCAACCAAAUGGGGUCACGUUGAACGCCUUCUUAAGCACGUGUGACAGGGCGGUGCUGUGGCUGGCAGCAUUCCAAUGCCUCCAACAGUUCCAUGACAUAAGACAGCUGCCAGACCGCAUCACAUAUAACACAAGUUUGAGCGCUUGCGCAAAGAGCGCACAGUGGAGAAAAGCAACACACCUUCUCCACGAACUCUAUCAUACGUCUCUUCAGGCUACGCUCAUCACCUACAACUCUGCUUGGAAGGCAUACAGCAAAUCACUUCAAUGGCGUCAUGCACUUGCCCUUUGGUGCCGAAUUCAGAAUUGUGUACAGCCCAACUCCGUGUCGUACGAGGCUAUCUUGGCAGCUUUCAAGAGUCAGUGGAGGCUUGCGUGGUUUUUUUUGUCGCGAAGCCGGCUUGCGUCUGUAGAGUUUGCAGCUGCUCCAUAUGAGCAUGUCAUGUCGGCGUGUUUCAUGGCAUGCCAAUGGUGCAAGCUGCCGCUUUUGACGGAGACCGUCUUGCACGAAACACUGUUUCUUUUGGGAAGCCGUCGCGACGGGAUGGGAUGGCGUGUAAAAAGGCAGAGGCGAUUCCUGGCCUCACAUAUCUUCGCUGCUGUCAUGUCGGAUAUUUUGCAAAUGCGGAAGCUGCGAAGGCUCAAGUGCACGACCUCCGUGACUCAUCGACUUCGUGAGUUGGACGACGCGCUGCAGGGUGCCUUUGCAGGGAUCCAGGAGCAGGUGAAGCAUCUGCGGGAAGCCGUGGAGGACCUGGAAGAUAAAAACCGGACAAAGUCGGAAGAUGGCCUGGAGGCUUUCACAGGCCAGCAGUCCUGGGUGCUGAAGGAAGAGACCUGGGUGAUGAAUGACGGUCCCGACAUGGGCGACGAAGAUGCCCCCAACUUGUCUGCGGCAGCCUUGUCGUUACAGCGGUCGGCAACUUCACAGCUAGAACGUGAUAGCAGAGGCCAUUCACACUUACGCUUGAACUCCCACCUGAUGGAGCUGUCUAUGAAGGCUGAAGAAGCUGUGGAGGCCAUCGGCAAGGGCCGAUGGGCAUCAAGCAGAGACAUCCCCAAAACAGCCACCAGAUCUCGCACCUUCAGCGCCGACAUCAAUGAUCCAGCGUACUGCAGGGUCCUGCUGCCGGAUGACAAAUUCCGUCUCGCAUGGGAUACUGCCAUUAGUUUCGUUAUUGGUUUUGAAAUAUGUAUUCUGCCACUUUGCACUGCCUGGAGCGUGACUUUUUCACCUGGCAAUGCUGCGGACGCAGGUUCAAUGGCAGCUUUCCUGCAGGUCUUCUCGGCGUCUACCCUCAUUCUAUGGCCCCUUGAUAUCAUAUUGGAUUUUAACACAGGGUUUUACAGAAAGGGCCACUUGCGCCUCAAGCGAGCAGAAAUAGCACAGCGCUACCUUACAACGUGGUUUGCCUUCGACAUCACGAUGGUGGUACUGGACAUCGCUGCAUGCAUUACGUCGCAGCAGGAUGACAGUUUGUCUCGGGCCUUGCGGAUGCUACAGAUGCUUCGGGUUCUGCGCAUUCUUAAGAUCGGGAAAAUCAGCGUGAUUCUUGAGAACCUGGUGAUCGCCACCGGGAAUUACUCUCUGAUUUUGACUUUGACAGUGGGCAAGGUUGUGGUGUCGAUCGCAGCCGUGGCCCAUAUUUUGGCGUGCCUCUGGUAUGCUUUAGGUCAAUCCGUUUCGAACAGCUCCGAGAGAAGCUGGCUCGACCUGGCAGGGAUUACGAGUCUGCCACCUGCAGAUCAGUACGUGCACGCAGUGGCCUGGAUCCUUUUGAUGCCCAAUCCGCCAGUGCUUGAGCCGGACAGUACCAUGGAGCACUAUGCGUGCGUGUUGCUUUUCAUCACCGUGGUGCUUGUCAUUGGCUCGGCCUUAUCCAUUGUGACCGGGACCCUCAAUGAGAUUAGGCAGGUGAGCAGUGAAAACAGUCGAAGGCGGCGUCAACUCAGAAUUUACCUUCAGACUAAGGGCGUGCCCACCGGCAUGACGAUGCGUGUCAUGAGCUAUGCGGAUUAUAAGCUUGGGUGGCAUUCUCAACUCGAUUUCGACAACAGCCUGGUAUCUCCAAGGCUUGAGAAGGAGCUCGCCUUUUUACAGCUCGGGGGCCAGCUCCAGCAGCACCCUGUGUUUGACUUGGCAGCCCAGAUCUUUCCGGAGGUCUUCAAGGAGAUCUGCCGUGACUUGGAGAGGAGUUUCUUUUGUGAGGCGGAGUACGUGUUCUCUGCAGGCGCGUUUGCCGAGAAUAUGUACUUGACCUGGGCUGGUAAAUUCGCAGUGAACAUCUCGAACAACAAUGCUUCUCCAUACGUCUUUGCCGACGAGUUUCGAUACUUUGCGGAAGUUGCCCUCUACGUGGAGGCAGCCAUGCACGGAUACAGCUUGCAGACUAUUUCAUUCGCAGAUGUUUAUGCCCUUUCAAGCAAAAGCCUUUGCACAAUCUUGACAAACUCACCUAUGUGCGCAACAAUGUUCAUAGAAUAUGCCCUGGAGUUCGUGGCCAGGCACAACUCGGAGGAAGAUGCUGGUUACAUCGAAGAAAUCCUUGAGCAAGAGGGCACUUGUGCAGAGCACGCCUGCCAUGCCAACUCGUUCUACCUCGAGCUCUAUGUUGACAGCCGCAAGGUCUUAAGGAACCUGGAUUUGUCCUACCUCCAGGAUGGCCUGGAGAUGAAACUAUCCAGCGCCAAAACGUUGAAAGAUGAAUACAUGGACAUCAUCGGUCCGUCACCUUCCAUGGGCCCGGCAGCUCUGGUGAACCACAUUCUCUUCCACGAGGAGCCCAUCGACGGGGUGCUUGCAAAGCUGCAGAGGUCUUUUGUGGAGCUGGACCCCGAUGACGGCCUACAUGCUAGAUUUGCAAACGUCCAAGCCAACUCCGAGCAAGAGCGAGCUGAGUCGGCUAUCAUCAGCCUCGUUGCCUUGGUUCGUGGGGACUUCGAGUCGUAUACAGCACCUCAAGAUCCUAAGUACCGGUUGGAGGAGUCGCAAUGGGAGCACCUUCAGAGCUUGCUGACAUGGGCAAAUCCAGAUGCAGAACAGCUUGUGGGUGUGAUAUUCCUCCUGGCGGUUCGAGGAAUCGGUAAGUAUAAAGCUCUCACUCGGCAGCUGCCAACCAACUAUCAGCGACCCGAGCAUGCAGCGCGAUACAUCUUGAACCAUUAUCCCAACUGCAUGCCGUCCAUUGACAGCAUGUCCAUGCAGAUGCUGCAGAUGGCCAACAAUGUCCUUGAGUUACAGGAGUUCUUCAACUUUGCUCAGAUGAUCCAAGGAGAGAACGUGCCUGAAAAUCUGGAUCGGCUCCAGCGUUACAUGCAGGCGCGACAGGGUGAGGGCCUGCUGAAAUUUUACAUACUGUUUCAGCUGGGUUUCAUGAGUGGUUUGGCUGGCGGUCAUGGAUCCAAGUUCAUGACGGUCCAUAAUGCAAAGUCGACGAUUUUGGGACUCUCCAUACUGAAGCGAGCUCAUGAGGCACCUGCCACGCCUCUGUACUGGACAUACAUACAUCACAGGGGUGUGCAGCUUGGAAUUACACCCUCCAAGCCAGCAGACCUCGCCUUAAUCCGACUUGCAUGCCUCCUCCGUGCACGGACUCCGAAAGACAUCGAAGAUCUCGACACUGCGUGGAGUGGCCUUGGAAGCAAUGAUCGCCUGGCACUCACGAAGCAUUUCCUCGCCGAUGGACUCACGCGAAAGGCCCUGGUCUUCGAGUUCCUCCCACUUUGCUUGGAGCACGCCAAAGCAAACCCUUUUGUCACCAUCAGGACGUUCCUCGAAGUUUUGGUAGACCUCAUCCAGGCAGCCAAGGGAGCAGCGCCCAAGAAGUACAUGACCUUCGCAGUCGACCUGAAUGAUUUCUCCGCCUUUGUACUCACGGUGCAGAACAGCUACAUCUUCCAAACGUGCCUAACAAGAGCCAAGCUGCGCGUCGCAGUUGGCAAUCGCUUUUCUUUGGAGGUGACACAGGACAAUUGGCGACGCGUCACUGAAUCACAAUCCGACAUGAUCAAUUUGGCGUCGGCAAUUCGAGAGCUAACCAGGAGGCAGGGUGCCACAUCAUCGGACCAGGCCGCGCCAGCAGAAACUUUUGUCCAUUGCCAUUUCUGA